AUGAAGUAUUCUCCAUCGGAUUUGAACAUUAUUCAAGAGAAAAUGAGGUGAGAUUUAUUUUUUUUGUAAUUCUCAAAAACCAUAGAAACCACAAAGUUUUGAAUUAUUCAAUUUUUUGUUAUUUCUUCUAGUUUUCGUAGUUUGUGCAAAUAGCUAAUUCGAAAAAAUAUUUCCCAGAGAAUUAGUUCGCAUGCUUUUCCAUGAUUUGUGAUAGCGACACAAAUCACUAUUUCUUGAUAACAUUUUGACUCAUUUUCAAAAUAUAAAAGUUCUUGAAUAGAUUUGACACAAUUCUUCUCAUCUCAAAUACAAACUUCGCUCUCAAAUUUUAUGUAAGGCCUUGCUUUGUUCCAAGGACAAAAGAUUUGUUUUUCUUUUUUUUUUGAAUAUUUUUAAUGCCACACAGAAAACCCACACAAUUUUUGCUGGGCUGAUUUCCGUUUUUCACAUAGACAUACAUAAAAUAGUAAUAAAUGAAUAAAUGUGAUGCUGAACUUUGUUAUUUUAUUUUGGGUUUUGAAAAAAAAUAGAUUUGAUAAAUUAUCAAUUUCGUGCGUGAGAAAAUGUGAGGGGAUUUGGAUUAUGAUAGUUUUGCUGUUGAAUUAUAAAAUAUUUGUUGAGUGCAAGAAUUUGACAGUUGGAAGAAGAAUACUUGAAAUAUAUUCCAUCCCUGAACCCCAGCUAGGUGCCAUCUAAUUUUACCAAAAAAAUGAAACAAGCUCAACUGGAGCACAUCUGGUUUUUGAUAGCGUUCUGCUCCACUUUUUUCCUCUCCCAUUUUUUCAAAAAAUGUUUGAUGGUCCGCAAUUUUUAUGGCCAUUACAUCCAUUCUCCAACUCAAUCUAAAGCUAAUUCACAAUAAUUUCCGUUUUUAUAUCUCUCCCCCCUCUUUUUCUCUCACUCCUUUUUCAUUCUUAUUUUUCUUGUCGUGCUCCAAAAAUGCUCUGGAUCGAUUGAGAGAUAAAGCAAAAACGAGAGAAUUCGCGAGAAGCAGACAACUAGUAUUUUUUCUUUUUUUUUGCAUAUAUAUUUUUAUUUGAAACAGACAUAUAAUAUAAGAGAAAUAAAUUGAGAAAAACUAUUACUACUACUACCAACUACUAUUAUUUUCCUUUCGAUAUUUAUUGCGCGGGACAAACGAAAUAAAAUAACAUAAAAACACAAACGAAAAUCUUUUUAUAAAGAUUUAUUUGUGUGUGUCCUUUUAUUGAUCGAUUGAUUUUAUAAGUAAAACUUUAUCAUCUUUUCCCUAUGAACUUUUAAUUUUUCUUGAACAAAAAAUGCAAUGAAAAUGUGUUCUAUUAGUUCAAAUAUUCCAACAACUUCGUCAUUUAACGCAAUCAGGUGAAUUAUUUUUCCAAAAAGUUUUUUGAAAGUCAUCAUCUGCGAGCCAAAACAUAUGAAAAAUUUGAAAAAACAGUUCCUUGAGCAAACAAUAGGCGGAGUCUGAGAAAAACAAAUUGCUCGGCUACCCAAAGAGCAUGUCAUUUUCGCGAUUUUUCGAAACGAAAACUGCUCUCAAAAUUCAGUUCCUAUUAACUAUUCUCUCGACAAAAAUGACUGUUCCAGUCAGAAAAAUCUAUCCAGAGUAAGAACAUUUUUUUGUUGAAAAUAAAUUAUAUUGUUAACUUCCACUGAUUUGUUCCAAUAUAAAAUUUGUGAUAUCUUUCAGAGCUCAGCUGAAUCAACUAAAGGAAGCUCGAUUGUCUGAAACAUCUACUGUUAAAAUGUUGUCAUUGUUAAAGGUGAGAUCUAUUUUUAAAUUUAAUCCUGUGAAACCCUGAAGUUUUUGACGUCAAACUUAUGAAAUAUGCAUCUUCUGACCUCGUUCUUUGUUGUUUUUUGCAAAGAAGUCAGAAUCGUAUAAAAUUUUCAAAGCCUCUUUUUUUCAUAACAUCUACUUUUCCUCCCACCCGGAUAUCCAAGCCAUAUUACGCAAUAAUACGCAAUCACCUGUCAAAACGCAAAAAAAAAACAUUUUUUUUCAGGCUUUGGCAAACAUCCACGUGCUUCUCGGUAUAAUUAUGAUGAUUUUGAGUGGAUUGGCUGAUUAUGCAAGCACACGAAAAAAUACGAUUCGAUUGCAUGGAUUAGAAGAAAUUUGCUCGUUUUAUUUUGUGAUUUUGGGGUGAGACAUGAGGAUUUUUGAAGGGUUUGGGAAGAGAUUAAAAAUGAAAAUGAUGCAAAUUUUCCGAAAAAAUUUUACAACAAAAAAAAAAACAAAAAAAAAUUUGGCUGAAAAUUUUUAUCUGUUUAAAAUCUGAAGGUUUUUAAAACCAAAACAUCACUGGUCAAACUGAAAAAAACACUUUAUCACAGAAAGUUUCAAAUAUGGUUUUCAGAAGUAAUUAGUUUUUUCUCCCCCAAAGUAGUAAAUAAUUCUCCUAGUUUUUUUUUCAAAAGAACCCUAUAGCAUCCUCCAUUUUUCCAGAUGCGUCGGAAUUUGUGGCUCCGCUUCAUAUCGUCGUGGAAUAGUGAUUGCAUAUCUCGUCAUGUGCAUUCAUUCAAUCCUAAUAUUUGUGCCAGCAAUCAUAAUUGUCUCUAGUUUCGACAUUCAUUUCUAUCAGGUAAGCAGCACAUGUUUUUCAAAAUUUUUGUGUUUCCUCUUCAUGAAAAAAUCGCCAAUUUUUCUGUUGACACACUUUCUGUUCUAUCAAAAAUGAUGAUAUUUGUUCAGAAAAUAUUGUAUUUACUACAUACAUACAUACAAUUUUUCGUUGUGGCAGAGGGCAAAAAUUGUUAGGAAAAAACUUUAAAAAUGACCACAGUUCAAAUUUUUUAGCACGAAUGUUGGGGAGAAUGUGACUGGCAUCUUCUUGCAACUUCAUUCCCAUCAAAUAGCCAAUGCCAAAUAUUUUGUGGUGAUAAUGUUAACGAAAAUAUGCGACGGGUUAUGACUAGACUUGGAACAGAUUAUCGAUUAGAUGCUGGAUUGAUAAGUGCAGCAAUUUUAGAAUUGCUAUUAGCAGUUGUCACAUUAUUUGUGGCUUCUCGAACACUUUGUGCGCCUUUGAAAGAAAUUUCUGAUCAAGCUCCAGAUAUGACUGUCGAAUUACAACCAUUGAACGAAACAAAUAACGAAUCCUCGAAUUGA